UGUCUUUAGAGAUUGCAGCAAUCAUAAUCACUUCAACUCUGUAGUUAGUAUCUGCUGUGAUAAUAAAUUUUGUUUUUAAUUCAAAUCACAUAUAAAAAUAACUAAUUAAAUUUUGUAACAAAAUUUUUAAAAAAACGUGUGCACUUCGUAUGAUAUUUAUGUAGUGAUAGUGAAAUUGUAGAAAGUUGCAAAACACCUGUUGAACCGCAUAACAAGACGCAGAUCUGGCACAUGCGAUCUCAUAAAUUGGCAGCAAUUAUUGUCAAUGAGUGUCAUCUUGUUCGCAUACGCGCUCUCAUCACCAUCGUCAGCGACAGUCGCGUCUGUGCCUAGGACGCGCGUACACCCGACAAUGUUGUGCAGAAGCGGAGUCAGGGCUAUUUGAUAGUGAGCCUGUCCCUGGAGGCACUGGACAGCCAGCCUGCGGGGGACCCCGCUCAAGUAUGCGCCGAAACAUCUAGCGACCGCCCGUUCUGUGUGCCCCCGUGCAUUGUGAUCGCACCAAUCGUGACCUGGUACAUUGUGCCGUGCUUUUUCCACAGUGACAUUGUUUUCGAUUGCGUUAAAACUGGCGGUUUUUGUGAUUGAUGGAGCUUAAACUGUUACAGUUCGAAUUCAUUUCGACAAGGAUUUUUUUGAACAAAAUGUUGUUGAAAAUCGAGAAUUCACUGCUACAAAGUCAUCGUCAAAGAGAAACAACAGGCAUUAAGAAGUUAUAUAACUCCUUCUUCGUUCUGUUUUAACCGCCGUGCUUGUUUAU